UCCCACAAGAAGAAUAGUGACUCGCUAUUCAUUUGCUGGCCCGUGGUGGUUGUGAGAAAGGAGCAGGAGGAAGACCGUUGCUUUCCUUUCGAACUGACGGGGACGGAAUACGGUACCGAACAGGCUCGGCGGUAAUACAAAUUCCCCCACUCGGCAAAAAGUUCAUUUUCGGAAGCCUUUAAAAUGGGUAUCCGCAAAAAGACCAACAAGAACCCGCCUGUGCUGAGCCACGAGUUUAUUAUCCAGAACCAUGCAGAUAUUGUUUCCUGUGUUGCUAUGGUGUUCUUGCUCGGGCUGAUGUUUGAGGUCACCUCAAAGGUUGCAGUUCUGUUCAUCACCGUCCAAUACAACGUUACCAUCUCUGCAAAUGAGGGCCAGCCGGACGAGAGCGUGGUUAAUCACUUCCAUCACGGCCUGAAGGACCUGGCGACUAUCUUCUUCUACAUGUUGGUAGCCAUCAUCGUUCACGCCAUCAUCCAGGAGUAUAUACUGGACAAGAUUAAUCGGAAGAUGCAUUUCUCCAAGACCAAACACAGCAAGUUUAACGAGUCCGGCCAGCUCUCCGCUUUCUACCUGUUCUCCUUCGGCUGGGGAACCAGCAUCCUUAUGUCGGAGAACUUCCUGUCCAACCCAGUGAGUCUUUGGGAAGGGUAUCCCCACACCUUGAUGCCGUUCCAGAUGAAGUUUUAUUUUAUCUGUCAAGUGGGCUACUGGCUCCACGCCCUCCCCGAACUGUACUUCCAGAAGACCAAGAAGGAGGACAUUCCUCGCCAGCUCAUGUAUAUUGGUCUCUACCUGGUCCACAUUGCAGGGGCCUACAUGCUCAAUCUGAACCGCCUGGCUCUGGUUCUGCUGGUGUUGCACUACUUUGUGGAGCUGCUCUUCCAUGUGUCUCGUCUGAUCUACUUUAGCAACGAGAAGAGGCAGACCGGGUUCACAAUCUGGGCAGUGCUGUUUGUCCUUGGGCGUCUUCUCACUCUGUCCCUGUCUGUUUUGACUGUGGGCUUCGGCUUGGCCAAUGCUGAUCACCAGGGACUGGACAUAGCCAAUGGAAACUUCAACGUGCUCUUUGUUCGGUUCACCGUGCUGGCCACCAUCUGUGUCACUCAGGCCUUCAUGAUGUGGAAGUUCAUCAACUUCCAGCUUAGGCGGUGGAGAGAGCAGGCCCAAGCCUUGAUCACCAAGCCCAAGAAGCCCCAAGCUCCCAAGAGCAAGUCAAAGAAAGACAAAUCCAAUGGGGUGAAUGGAGUGAGUUCCGCCGGCGCUGAUUCGCCAAGAGUAAAGAAAGAGAAGUCCUCAUAAUGCCCGAACCCCCCCCCCCCCCCCAAAAAAAACCUCCCUCUUCAUUCCACUGUUCUGUCUGCUCACUACUCCCCAUACCCUAAACCGACCUUUUGACCCUCUGCCAGGGCUAUCCCGCUCUGUUUCUUUAACCCUUGCUGUCCUGUUGGUUUUUGUUCCAAACUUAAUCCAGCAUCAAACAUUUAACUGCUUGUGACCUAAGUACAGUGUUCAGGUACAACUGGGUUUGGAGCAAAAACCUACAGAGUGUAGCACUCCAGGAAUUAAGUCUGCCUAACCUGCAGUUCUACACAUUUGUCCUUGUACCUUCUUAUGAUACUAGGGGUUAAAUCCCGACUAAGCUUCUUUCGCCGUCACCAGCCGAGGACAGGGGUUCUAGUGGAGGAUUUGGGAUUGGGCCUUAAUCUACAACUCUUUUUAAGGACUACAACUCUUUUCAGCAAGACUACAAGAUCCACAAUGGAUUUUAGCUUUAUUUGCUUGUUGCCAAUCUCCAGUUCUGACGAUUCACAGAAUCAAGACGCUGCUGUGCCAUUUACUACAGAAAAUAAACAAAACAAAUCUGAAAAUACAAUAAAAAAAGAACUUAUUUAAAGAAAAAUUUAAGUGCCUAUUGAUACAGAUUGUUUUGAACAGGGUGUACAGAUUUAAGAAGAAAAAAAAGUUUCAGUAAUAACUUUAUUUUCAAACAUUUCAUGCCAUUUUCACAGAAUUGUAUUUAUCUGCUUGUAUGCUGUUACAUUUUCUAUUUCUUAAAAAGGGCUUAUUGAUGUUAUUGCCGUCUGUGUUGGAAUCACGUGCAGAAACCACUGCACUUGCCUACCAACGUUUUGUUCAGACAGAGAAGGUUUGGUGAAAUCUAGCGGCCGAAGGGCAGUUUUCCCAUCAGCACUGACAUUGAACGCAUCUGCUGUUAACGUAGUCAAAUUGGCGGGACUUUCAAUUAUCCUGAUUAUCCGUUAAACCGGGGUGGGAUUUCAAAUUCAUUGGCCGACCCGGGGGAUCGGUUUGGGGUGACGUCAGACCGGGUCAAUCGGAGGGUUGAAGUAGGAUCGUUUGAUUACAUUAAAAUGUCAGAUGACACCAGCGGGGACGUCCACGCCGUCACAGAUUCUAUCAUGGGAAAUCUAUAUAACAUCCUCGAAGCCCUUUCAUCUACUUUGUCGGAAUUAGAAACGUAUGGAUAAAAUGUUUAGUCUGCAUCUAGAGAUAAUGGAAAUAGUUUUGUGACUCAACGCUAUCUAGCAUUAACACAAUGACCGGUAAGUCUCCCGGAACAGCUAACUGCGCUAACCCUAGUUGGCAACUUACUGUUAACUGAGCGCGGAGACAAAUAAUAUCCAUAAGCUGGUCAGACUGAGAUGUAGAUGAAGGGCCUUCGUGUUUGUUUGUUUUUUUACCCCCCAAAAAACACGAAACCAUCCCUUUAACUUUAUGGAGAAAAAAAAAUGUAAUAGAUUUUAUUGGUGUUCCACUAUGUUGCUCUCACCUAUUGGCUUCUCUGGUCAGUGAAAGAGAAGAAAAGGGAACUGGGGUAAGAAUUUUUCUGUGCUUUUCAAGCCUUAGCUUUGUCUCUGUAAAAAGUUGUGCUACUUUUGACUGGGACCAGUUAGAGCGUUGGUCAAAAGAAGUGUGCUAUUAUGGGUGAUGGUGUGUUUGGGACUGACCCUAUAGCUAUUAAAAUGUGUUCUGAACAGGACCCUGGUUGUACUGGGAUGAUGCGUCCAAAAUGGCAUCCCAUUCACUUCGUAGUGCACUGCAUUUUUCCAGGGGCCCUGGUUCAAAAUAGUGCACUGCGUAGGGAAUAGGGUGCCAUUUGACGUGGCUCACUGCAUUGAGCAAGGUUGACGGCGGAAGCCUGCCAGUGUACGAUGUCACGAUGAACUGGCGCCAGACUACACUGUGGUUACUAACCCUCCCAGGCUGCCUUCAGUGAAGUUUAAUAUUACACCCCUAAUGCGCUUUAUUAGGGGACAAAAGUAGAAUGUGGAGUUGGUGCCUACAUUUGCGCCGCAACCCAGUUUGAGUGGUUAAUGGUGAUCAGCACUUUAUGCCCCCCUGUUCUCUUUUAAAGUGUAAACUAUUAAUUAAAUUGGGGUGGGGGGUGGGGGGG